AUGGAACAGAAAAGAACUUGGUUAAGAGUAAUUUGUCAUGAAGAAGAAGAAGAAGAAGAUUGGGACAGGAGAAUUAGCCCAAGGAAUAGAAAGAGAGUCAGAUAUGUUGAAGAUGUUGAUUAUGAUGAGGAGGAGGAAAAAGAUGAGGAAGACAAUGAGCAGCCAGGCCCAUCCACCCAGAACAUCCACAACCAGAGAACACAAGAAAAGAGAUCUUUGCCUGUAACCUGUGGAAACAAAAAGGGCAUCCUGGAUGUAGAAAAGCUGGGCAGGGGUGAGGUGUGUAUCAAGUGUGAGGGCUGCUGGUUUUCUCCCCCUGCCUUCGAGGAGCUGGGGGGAAAAGGCUGCAGUAAAAAAUGGAAAGUUAGUAUUUUCUAUGAAAAUAAGCCUCUGCAGUUUUGGUUCGAGCAAGGUUCCUUAACUACCAAGGGAUUUAAAAGGAGAGCAACUGCGACUACACAGCAAAAGAAAAACCUGUCAUCCAAUCACACAUCAGAGAGCCCCACUAGAGAGUCCGAAAUACAGUCUGCAGAAGAAACUCAGGAAGAUGUUGGUAUAGAUGAAGACUGGCUUCCAGGCAGUGAAGAAUUGGCACUGGAGAAAGAGGAGGGAAAGGAAGAAAGAGUAGGGGCUGAAAAUGGAAGAGAGGUUGUCGACUCAGAAGUAGACAAGAGUGAAGAAGAAGAAAAUCAAAUGGAAAGGGGAAUGGAAGAUCAGGAUUUGCCUGCUGUUGCUGAUAAAGACAGAGACAACUGUGUUAAUGAAGAAAAGGAGACAGAAUUGAUGAUUUCAACAUCUGAGAAAAUUCGAGAAAGUGUAUUGCAGAAGCAAGUAAAAGUUAUCAUCCAAAGGCUUCCAGAGUUUCAGGUAAAUAGUGAUUGUGAGUCCAGCUGCAUGGGGCCUCCAGUAGUAGGCAGCUGGUGUACGCCCUGUGACAGGGAUGCACAAAAUGAGGCAGGACACAACGGGACGGCAGCAGAUGACCCUUCCACCACAGCAGCCACACACAUUGGCCCCUUGCAGAUGUCAUGCCCACCCAUCGCUGGAGGUGUUGGGAAAGAAAAUGGAGAGGAGGUCACACAAAGUAAUGAAAGGGAAAAAGUAGAACAGAGAGAAAUCAAAACGGAAGCAGGAAAUUCUCCUGCACCUGUGACAGACACAGAUUUCAUUGGUGACAUGAUAGAUGAAUGGGAGGAGAAAGAAGGAACAGGACGUUGUGGUGAGGAGGAGGAAAGAAGGAGAGGUGGGAUGGUGACUGAAACACAGAUACGAUGGACUGAAGGUUUUAAAAACGAGGAUCUAGACAUGGCAGCAUCUGAAGCUGGUGGUCAACCUCUUGCAAGUGGGCAUAUCAGCGAUGUCCCGUCAAACACGCCACCCAUACACAGCAGUAUUAAGGAAGAAAGGAUCGAGGCAAUGAGUGAUAUGCUGGUUGAGUCUGGCCACGAUGGAGUGGGAUUACAAGUGUUGAAGCUAGAGACAGGGGUUCCUCAAGAAACUCAGGGCUCAGGCAGCACACCAUCCUCCGACAUGGUGGAGGAUCCAUCCACCUCCUGGCCCUCCACUAGCUGUAAUCUAGACACAAUGGACAUUGAUCAACUGAGGCGAGAGAAGAUAAAACUGCAAAUAAAAGUCCUAAAGUUGCAAGAGGAAUACUACACUCAGAAGAUAAAGGGACAGAAACAAUGACAUUGCUUCAUUGGAUCCUGGUUAUAAAGCUGGUUUCAAUGGGACAGGGCAAUCAGAGAUCACUGACAAUGCUGGAAAACAUGAACAACCUCUGUUCAGGGAUCACUAAGAAUGUUUACAGCUUACUUAUGUAGAAAAUAGCAGUUUGGUACUGGUAAAAAAAACCUGCCAGUUCUCAACUCCAUCAUCAUCAUACCGUCUGUAUCUGGCUCCCCCCUCUUCGGUAGGCAGAGGGAUUUACUUUACAAGCUUGAGACGACCAAAACUUACUGAACUGGAUCACUUUUUCUUUUGUGGGAAGUUUUAAAGAACUUCAGCAAUGUCUUCAUGUUUAACCAAAUGGUUUUCAGUUUGUUGUUGAGCAAUCCCAACACACCCUUAACACCCAUGCAAAAGAGAUUAUAGAGUCCAAAGUUUGCGUCUCAAAUAAAGGUCAGAAAACAGGUCAGGGCUUCUGUGGAGUUUUCCUCUAAUAAGGCUGACGUAGUAAAAAUCUUCAUUACAUGAUAAAACGUAGUGAAAAUCUUGGCUGUGGGAGAAAUAGAGUUGUUCUAGUUGUAGUGGUAUAAAUAUUUUGUCAGACAAACGGAUGUACUCUGCAGAGCACCCCAAGGAUAAGAUGUGGUUGAUGAAAACAAUCAUGGAUGACAUGUUUUGACAUGAAAAAAGAUAGGCACUCAAGUUGAAACAAUAAGCAUAAUAAUGUGUUAACUGAGUCAUGCAUUCAUGAGAAGACCUGGCUGUUCUUCUGGUUACGGUAAUGAAAGGUUCAGCGUUCCACAGCACACAUGACGAGGGCAAGUAUCAACAGACCAGAGGCCUUAGCUUUUGACGGUUUAUGAGGGGAUUUAUCAGACUGCAUGCAGUGAUGCAAAGAAACAUCCUGGAAAUGAUGAAUAUGGAAUGAAUAUUGAAAUAUUUUGUAAUGUACUGGCUCUUGUACUUCGCUGCAUUUUAUACCUAUUAGUACAGAUGUAAAUCUGUAAAAAUGAAAUUUAUUUUUUGACAAUCGCACAUGAAACAAACUGAAAUGGAAAGAUAAAUGUUGUGAAUCCAUCGUA